AUGAGUGCCAAAUCCUCCUUAGUCGAAGCGAUUGAGUCUGAUAGAGAUAGCCAGACUCAAUUGCUACAGCGAUUCAUACAAGCUGCAUCACCCAACCCCCCUGGCGACACCGAGGUCGCUGCCGCCGUCCUGGGCGAAUACCUUGCGACCAAAAAUAUCCCUUAUACACUUGUCACGCCCCAGGCGGGCAAGCCGAAUCUUGUAGCCGAGUUUCAAGGCGGCAGAGGUGAUGGGCCGCGCGUCGUGCUCAAUGGGCAUAUUGACGUUUUCCCGGUGGGAGACCCCGACGCCGGCUGGACCCGAGACCCUUGGUCUGGUGACAUCGAGGGCGACCGUAUCCACGGCAGAGGCGUUGUAGACAUGAAAUCCGGCACUGCUUCUCUAAUUGUUGCAUAUGCUCACCUGUAUGCGAGAAGGGAGCAUCUCAAGGGAAGCGUUUCGUUCUGCGCCGUAUCGGAUGAAGAGACCGGUGGGAGAUGGGGUACCAAGUAUCUCAUAGAAAAUGACCCAGAAAGACGCAAGGGUGAUCUUAUGCUUAGUGCAGAGCCGUCUGGAAAGACGAUACGGUUCUCUGAAAAGGGUACUUUGAGAUUAUCAGGCUCAGUCCGAACUAAGGGCGCCCACGGAGCGUAUUUGAACUUGAGUAAAGGGGCCAUCCGCGAGACUGUGGGCUUCGUACACAAGGUUAUAGACCAAGUCGAGUCGAUGGACUUUGAGAUGCCUUCAGAGAUAGCGGCUCACAUGGCCAACCCAGAGGUCUUGGCAGUCGUCGACAAGGUAAUGGGUAAGGAUACAUCGACCAUCAUUGCCCGUCCAACUGUCAAUAUAGGUACGAUCGGAGGCGGGCUGAAGGUCAAUAUGAUCCCGGACACUUGCCUCUUCGAGCUUGACAUCCGGCUACCUAUCGGGCUGGUUGCAGAGGAUGUAAUGGCAGUGAUCGAUUCUAUCAUUCUCCAGCAUGAAAAUGCCACGAUUGAGAUCAAGGUACAAGAAGCCGCAAGUAAUCCACCCAGUUACUCGCAUCUGAGUCAUCCAAUGGUUCGACUUCUAGCCAAGAAUGCAGACUCUUUAGAACCUGGGGAUCGUACCACAGCCAUACCAUCUAUGGGGGCUACGGAUUGCAAGCACUAUCGGUACGCCAGCGUACCUGCUUUUGUAUACGGUUGCAGUCCGUUCGGGACAACCAACCACUCAAAUCCUGCCCCAUUUUCUGAAUAG